AAAUCGCUUGAAGUAAUUGUUGGACUGUCUAUGCACACAACUCUCUCUAUCGUGGAGUAGGGUAGAGCUUUCGAAAAUACAUUUUGUGCACGACCAGGAGCCUAUGGAGAUUUUAGAAAAAGUCACUUUAAACUCGCGACCUACGGCUAACAAAAUAUAUGAGAUUUCUCACCCUCACGCUGCGGACCGCUGUUUGGACAACUGGAGAACUCUUCACACCAAAUUGCCCUGACCCCAAUCAUUUGGUAGACAGGCUCGCCCCCUGCCACUGGUCAUUUGGCAGCUCAAAUCCCCCACACCCCCUUUAGGUUUAGAGGUCUUUAUAAGCCUCUAGCGGUGUUGCCAGUGGGACAGUCCUUUAAGGCUCCUCUCGUCGCCGUGUUAGGAUACAAAAGCUUGUCGCUUAUUUAGGAGCCAGAGCAGAGAAUAGAUAACCCCGCGUUUAUAACAUAAAGGGAAAUACCGUUAUUCUUUCGCCAACCGGAUACAAGCUACAGAAAUGAGUACCGCAUGCCUGAUCGUCAAACAGAUGCCCUUCUGUGUUGCUCCGCGACCGGCAGUGACGGACACUCACUCGCAGACAAACGAUGGUUUUCCUUCGCUAUGGAGACCAUGGCUCCCAACCAGGAAUGCUCCGCAGAGGGGAUGCGAGAGAAGCAGACAGUCAUGUCCUUCCUCCAGUCCAACAGAAUCCAACCCUACAGCUCCAAGUGUUGUCCAAUUUAGUGGGAAGUCCCAGUCUUUCCAGCAUCCUGUCAGACUGUUUUGGCCCAAAUCCAAGUCGUUUGACUACCUGUACAGUGACGGAGAGGCUCUCCUGAGGAACUUCCCUGUCCAGGCGACCAUCAGCUUCUAUGAUGAGUCAGACAGUGAGGAUGAGGACAACGAGUGGGAGGAAGAGGCGGACAGUGAGGAAGAAGAGUGCCUAAAACCUCAGUCCCACUUCAGUAGCUAUAACUAGAGUUUUAAGGGGCACUGAUGAAAGACAUUGAAAAUUCCAGAACAUCCCGUUGGGGCUUUUAACACGUUGGGGGUUUUACAGAAAAUAAUUUGAUUUAAAUAACAUUAACUUCAAAGUAAAAUAAAACACUAGCAACAAAUAACUUGCGCUGGGCCAACAUAGCGAAACACAUGCAAAAGUGCUUAGGCCAGAUCACUGACCUGGAAAGCAUAUAUAUACUCCCUGAUUAUAUUGUUUUCCUGGUAAAUACCAUAGAGCACUUUGUCAAACAUGUGCUAUUGUUGGUGAAAGCAAAAUUGUUUUGGUGCCAAUAUGAGUUGUUUUCAGUAGCUUCCCAACGACAAUUGUUUAUCUUAUUCAGUUUUGUGUAUGGUGCAGGACCAGACUUUAUAUUUUACUGCUCAUUCCACUCCAACAGACACAGAGAAUAUCUGUCAGCAAAGUGUACCACUUAACCUCAGAAAGGUAGUGUGCAAUAAUUAAGAUUUUCACCUGUUUACAGUAUAUUUUUUUGGCAAAUGAAAAUCUUCAUACAAGUUUUGAUCAUCUGGAUAAAACAAAUCAUAGUGUAAAAAUCUCUCUUUGUGAUCUCUUUGACUGUCAGUCAAAGUCAUAGAAUGUCAAACACAAUUCAUGUCAUAUGUUCAGUACAUAGCAUGCCGCACAGAGAACUGAUUGUAAUGUCUUAUAUAUUCUAGAUUACAUUUCUUAAAUCCAUAACAGCCAAAUGUGAAUUCUGAAGCCGGUUUUUCAACCGUUAUCUUAUACUGGGGCUAUGUUGGCAAAGGCUCUGUAAAUCUAAGAGUUAAAUGUGUUGAAGUGACUAUUCCAUGUAAUGGAAACUAAGCUGUAAACCGUAAUAUGUACAGUCAUUCUCUGUUGUCAAUAAUCAUCUUUGGGGGUAGUGGAAGGAUUUAAAAUCCCACUUUGGGAUAGUUUAUUUUGUUUACAAACAAAUCUCAGGAUCUGAAUCUUGUUUAUGUAUAUACAAUCUAUUCACAUUUUAUUUACAUUUAUAACUUAUAAUGUACAGUUGUAUAUA